AUGGACUUCCACCUGGUACCUCGCGGUACUGACCGCAACUAUACCGGGUUUCUUACUAAAACCAUCGUCUACGUCGGAUCUCUGAUCCUGUUCCUGGCUUCUUUCGCGUUGACGCUAUCGUCUAUCAUCAUCCCCAAAUGGGUCAGCUACCACAGUGAAAAGCCCCCACAUCACUACUCCUACGGACUCAAUCGUCGCUGCUCUUCCCUGACCGAUACCUGCGAAAGUUUCCCGCAACGUGAAGACUGCCAUGGCGAGAACCGAUAUUUCUGCUCCAUGUGGCGCUCUGUCGGAUUCCUUAUGUCAUUUACCGUCGUGCUUCAAGGCAUAAGCAUCGUGGCAUAUCUGAUAAUCCUGGCGGGCGGCAAGCGCCUCCGCGAAAAUGGAUGGCGGAUCCUCAGUAUUCUCAUCGUCUUGUCCGCGAUCGUCCAGGCGACGAGUAUGUCUAUUGUGGCCUACUUAUUCGAUAACGAAGACCGCUUCUUUGUUGGCUGGCAGCUGGACGAGUCGUGGAUCUUCUGCACCGUCAGCUGGUGCAUCGGCCUUGUCUGUGCGGGCGCAAUCGCUAUUGCGGCUCAUACUUUGCCAUCGGAAGGCGGCUAUGAGCUCAUCCCAGACCACGAUGAAAGCUGA